CAUGUCCAAAAUACUGAAAUGUGCUGGGAACGAAGACAUCAUCACCCUCCGAGCGGAAGACAACGCGGAUACGUUGGCUCUAGUGUUUGAAGCGCCAAAUCAGGAGAAGGUUUCUGAUUAUGAGAUGAAGCUGAUGGAUCUGGAUGUGGAGCAGCUUGGAAUUCCUGAACAAGAGUACAGCUGCGUGGUGAAAAUGCCUUCUGCCGAAUUCGCGCGCAUCUGUAGAGAUCUCAGCCACAUCGGCGAUGCUGUUGUCAUCUCAUGUGCGAAGGACGGGGUGAAAUUCUCGGCUAACGGAGAGCUGGGCAACGGAAACAUCAAGCUGUCACAGACCAGUAACGUGGAUAAAGAGGAGGAAGCUGUUACAAUAGAGAUGAACGAGCCAGUCCAACUGACCUUUGCUCUGAGGUACUUGAACUUUUUCACCAAAGCCACGCCCUUGUCACCCACUGUAACGCUCAGCAUGUCUGCGGAUGUUCCUUUAGUCGUGGAGUACAAGAUUGCUGAUAUGGGACACUUAAAAUACUACCUGGCUCCAAAGAUCGAAGACCAGCAAGAAGGCUCUUAAUUGGAGGAGGACUGAGG